AUGGGGAUGCAAUAUCUUUGGGUUGAUCAGCUUUGCAUCAAUCAAAGUGAUGAAAAUGAAAAGUCGGAUCAGAUUAACCAAAUGGAUCGUAUUUACGCAUGGGCGCUAUACACAUUAGUUGCAUUGGCAGGCAAGGAUUCAAACUAUGGGUUACCCGGAGUGACCAGACCUCGCUCCUGGGCGCAUGGCAUCUUGCAAAUAGGUGAUGUGACUCUAAAUAACCGAGCACCAAGUCUAGCAACAUGUAUAGACUACAGUACGUGGUCCACGAGAGGAUGGACCCUUCAAGAAGCUAUGCUUUCUUCACGACUUCUUUAUUUUACUGAAUAUGGCAUUUACUAUGUCUAUCCAGAUCCAGGAGUUAGAUUCGAGUCCAAGGCGCCCUGUGAACCCGCCACUGGAUAUAAUUUUCCAACGUUAGACAAGCAUUGGACUGUAGUGGAACAGUACACCACUCGAAAUUUGACCUUUCGCUCAGACGCUCUAUAUGCCAUCUCUGCAGUCUUACGCACAAUGCAUGGAGAUGAAGGCAUCUAUUAUGGGUUACCGAUUUCGCACAUGGACCAAGCUGUUGUCUGGUUGCCCACAGGCAAAGGUACAAAUGCCAAGAGAGACGGGUUUCCCUCUUGGUCAUGGGUAUCUCAUGAAGGGCCUAUAACGCAUUCCAUAGUUGUUUUAGCUGGGCUUGCAAUCUGGAUGACUCCCAAACAUGGAUCAAAAAGGGGCCUUAACAUCUGUAAGCCCGGAGCUUACAUACGGAAGUUCUUUUUUGGAAGAUAUAAUGCGAUUGGCAUAGCAAUGGCCUGGUUGAAAGGCUGCAUAUCAAGUGAUUUCCCAGUUGACCCAACGCUCAGCACUUCGACUAUUGAUACUCUGACUGCUAGAUGGCCUACGUAUGACGCGUUCUGGGAGGAUGCCUUUGGUGGAUUCGCGAACGAUAAUAUCGAACUCAUGGAUCAUUGCGAACUGGUUCCUGGCCAUAUCCUAGUUUAUGGCCAGAUUGCACAGUUUUCAUUGGAUGGUUUCAAGUUUGGUGAAAAGGGCGACAUGUUCAUUGUCCGGUCACGGAAAGGAGUGCCUUCUGGUGCCCUGUGGAUACCCACAUAUAACCAAAGAGCCUCUAUGAAUACAACUAGAGAAUUCAUCGCAUUAUCAGUGACAGAUGGGGCUAUUUUUGACGGUGCAACAGCUUUGGCUUUUGAGAAAAGAUACAAAGAGAACCCUGACCUGGACUACGACGAGUUAAUUUUCCGGUACAGGACUCAAGAAAUUCUUCCUGUCUUAAAUGUGAUGAUUAUUGAAAGGAAUCUGGACUCUAACAUCGCUCGCCGUCUUGGGGUAGGAACGAUAUUUCUUAAGGAAUGGGCGGACGCGAAUCGAGAAUUCAGAACUGUCGUUCUUGAAUGA